AUCCUAAUAGUGAAUUGUUUACAGUAACUUUGUGGUGUGGUGGAAAAUUUGAAAGAGAAGAUUUUGUUCAGUAUAAGGGAGGGUCUAAAAUGAUAUUUGAUUUUGUCCAUAUGAGGUCCUUGACUCAGUUGAAAUUGAACAAAAUGUCUGGCAAAUUUCGGGUUGUUGAUAGUAGGAAUUUGUCCACGGAUUGGGGAUGGUUUAGCUUUGACUCUGAUUGUGAUAGUGGGAGUGGUUCUGAGAGUGGGAGUUAUUCUGAGAGUGGGAAUGGUAGUGGUUCUGAGAGUGAAAAUAGUAGUUGUUGGGAGAGUGGGAAGGGUAGUGGUUCUGAAAGUGAAAGUGAGAGUGGCAAGUCUGUUGUUAAGGAUUUAGAUGUCCAAGAAAAAGAAAAUGAAUAUAGUGAACCAGAGGGGCAUGAAGAGGAUGAUGAGUUUCUUGAUAAUGAUUAUCAAUUCUCAUAUAGUUGUAGUGAUGAUGAUGCAUUGUUUAGUGAAAAUGUGGAUACAGGGGCUAGUGGUGGGAAUGAGACAAAUUCUUGUAGUGAUAGUGAUGAUUAUGUAGUUGAUGUUCCUUCUGAUCUAGAUGAAGGGAAGGCUAAGAGAUUCCACAAAUUUUAUCUGAGAGAGGGGUUCAAGUCUAGGUUUACACAUAGAGGGAUACUCUUGACUACAGUACUUGUAGACCAAAACAACACCUUGCUUCCCAUUGCCUUUAUUGUAGGAUGGUUUCCCAACAUUUUGAAGAUAGAUUUAGGCAUUUUUAGGCCUGAGCAAUAUACCUUUAUUUUUGAUAAGCAGAGAGCCUUUUCAAAGCCUUUGAUGUUGUCUUCCCCUAGGGCCACUCGUAGAUUCUAUGUGAGGCGUCUACACAACAAUUUUUUGAAGGGGUUUGUCCUACAAGCAUGCUAUGUGGAGAUCAACAAAAGCAACCACUGUGGAAACACUUGUCAUAUGUAUCUGACUGCAAGCCAAUUAAAUGUGAUGAUAGGCACUAACAGAUUAAGUGUUAUGAUGGAACACAUAUUACUGUUGAUUUGGAGAAAAGACUUUGCAGUUGUAGGGAACAAAUGUUCGUUCCAUCACUAUGGAGACAAACCCUUUUUGUUCACCUUUUACCUCUCAACUUUGGGAAGGGUGCUGGCAGGCCUUCAAAGGCAAGAAGAAGAGAGCCAGAAGAGACUCAAAAGAAAUGGAGAAGUAGCAAUCAAAUUAAAGAGGCAACGACCAAUUGUGAGAUACAAACAAUGUGGCUUUGUUGGGCACAAUGCAAUAACUUGUCAAAAAAUAAAUGAGCAAGAAAUGAACACUCAAAUCCAAUUAAUUCAAGAAGUGGGCCAACAUCCCAUUGAAGAGGGCUUUCGAUACAAUUGUAACUUGAAAGAAAAAGAUCUUAAGCUGCUAAAAGGGCUAAGA